UCUCCGCGCAAAACUUCCAGGCGAGACGGCCAGCGUGAGCGGAGAACAAACACCAUGGAUGUGCCACAUGAGACGGACCCGAGAAACUGAAAGCACCGCUCAAAGUUUGCCCGCAGAAACCAAUUUGUGACACUGACUAAGCAAACACACAACUUUGCGCGCGUGUUUUUCUUCUUUAGCUUUUCUAACACUUUUCACUCAUCGACCUGCCGUGUGGGAUUGCUUGGAUUCCACGGUGUGUCUUUAUAUGUUCAGCCGGGGAGACGUGUAGCUUUUUUUUGGGGUGGUCCGCUCUAAGGAAGGUGACAUGCAGGUUCUCGGUUGGACCAUAGUUCUCCUGUGCCAGUGGAUCCUGCGGAAGGUCCAAGGGUUGGAGAAGCAAGUGGACUUCUCAGAUCUGGCCCCAGUGGGGUCGGUGAUGAAGACUCUUCCAUAUGGAAUGGGUGGUGGCGCGGUUGGAGGAGCGGUUAAGCCUCCGCACCAAACCCGCAUCUACUCCACAUCCAUUGACCAGACACCUAUAAAAUCCAAACCACCCACCUACGGUUUCUUUAACCCAUACGACUCGACCCGGAACCAGUCCCUGUUACUAGACCAGACAGGCUACCGCUCCAAACGUAAGCCGGCACUAAAGACAGCCAUGAAGACCAAGAAGAUCUUCGGUUGGGGAGACUUCUACUUUAACGUCAAGACCGUUAAGUUCAGCUUGUUAGUGACGGGUAAGAUCGUAGACCACAUUAACGGGACUUUCACUGUUUACUUUCGUCACAACUCUUCCAGCCUGGGAAACGUGUCUGUCAGUAUCGUGCCACCCACCAAAGUGGUGGAGUUUGAGGUCCUUCAGCAGCAGCAGUUGCAUUCCCACACCCAUCAGGACGUCCAGAUCCAGGAGACACACCAGUCUACCAUCGAUCCCAAAGAGUCAAAGACCUUUAACUGUCGGGUUGAGUACGAGAAAACCAACAGAUCCAAGAAGUCCAAACCCUGCCUCUACGAUCCGUCUCAGACCUGCUUCACAGAGCACACCCAGUCCCAUGCUGCCUGGCUCUGUGCCAAACCUUUCAAGGUGAUCUGCAUCUUUAUCUCUUUCUUUAGCAUCGAUUAUAAGCUGGUUCAGAAAGUGUGUCCGGACUACAACUUCCAAAGCGAGCAUCCUUACUUUGGAUAGGUAAAUGAGACUGAACUGAAUAGAGAAAAAAGAGACAAUGCUUAUGACAACAAUGAUGAAUAUAAUGAUAAUGAUGGAAAUGAUAGUCAUAUUGAUUAUGAUGAAAAAGCAGAGGAUGGUUUUUUGCCUCUGAACUGCAGUGAAUUGUGGAUUUAAAUCAUGUAUAAUCAGUUAUGGGUGGUUAGGAUAUGGUUGAUUUCUCUGACUUAUUUUCCAACUUUUUAUUUGUUAACUUCUGUUUUUAUUUUUUUCUGUAAAUAAUGUACUCACCCUCAGCAGACUUAUUGUUUUUAGAUAUUUGUUUCUCAGUGUUAUUACUUUCUGCGGUUGGAGAAUUUGGUUAAAAACAGCUGGAAUCUGUAUUAUGCCCUUCAAAUACAAAGUGAGCCUGUGAGGCAGCUCUGCUGUGCCAUCAUUGUGUGGCAGACGUAAUGUUAUGGUAGACUGACUGUUAAUCAUCCUCUCAGCUCUACAUUUCAAACCUGGAUAUAAGAGAGUUAUAUGUAUGAGGAAUGCUAUGCUGGAUAUGCAUACAAUAUACUGUAUAAAAAAGCACAUUAAAAUCUCUUAAACUGUC